CUCCAUGUUUUCUUUCUGAUUCCCCUUUUUUUUUUUGUCGUUUUAUUUUCUUUUUCCUUCCUUCUAACUUUUUUUCAUUCCUCUUCUUUUUCUGAUAUAGUGAAUGCAGGGUCUGGGGAGAUCAGAUAUAGUGAAUGCCGGGUCCGGGGAGACCAGAUAUAGUGAAUGCAGGGUCCUGAGAGACCAGAUAUAGUGAAUGCAGGGUCCGAGGAGACCGGAUAUAGUGAAUGCAGGGUCCGGGGAGACCAGAUAUAGUGAAUGCAGGGUCCGGGGAGACCGGAUAUAGUGAAUGCAGGAUCCGGGGAGACCGGAUAUAGUGAAUGCAGGGUCCGGGGAGACCGGAUAUAGUGAGUGCAGGGUC